AUCGCCAUGGUGUUGAUCCUCCUCAUAACUAUCCCAAUUCUCGUCCACAGCUCUGAGGCUGUCGCUCACUAUGAGAUGCUCGGGACGUGCCGGAUGAUCUGCGAUCCUUACAACCCUAACCCCAGCAGCACGUCUGUGGAGGGUAUGCAGGAUUUCAGUGCCAUCCCCCCACCGCCCUUCAUCAAAGGAUCUACAGGAGAACCUGGGCGAGCAGGGAAACCCGGGCCAAGAGGUCCUCCAGGAGAGGCCGGGCCAGCGGGUCCGAGAGGACCUCCCGGGGAGAGAGGGGAUGUGGGGAAGCUUGGUUUCCCUGCACUGAGCGGCUCAGGAGAGACCAUUACCGGCGCACUGAGCAGCACCGCCUUCAGCAACUCCAAGAUCGCCUUUUACGUGGGUCUGAAAAGUCCACACGAAGGAUACGAGGUGCUGAAGUUCGACGAUGUGGUGACAAAUUUAGGGAAUUACUACGAUCCCGGCACCGGGAAGUUUACAUGUGCCGUGUCCGGCAUCUACUUCUUCACUUACCAUGUCCUGAUGAGAGGCGGCGAUGGCACAAGCAUGUGGGCUGAUCUGUGUAAAAACGGACAGGUCCGCGCCAGUGCCAUUGCCCAGGACGCCGAUCAGAAUUAUGAUUAUGCGAGUAACAGUGUGGUUCUGCAUCUGGAUUCUGGAGACGAGAUUUAUGUGAAACUGGACGGUGGGAAAGCACAUGGCGGCAACAAUAACAAAUACAGCACUUUUUCUGGUUUCAUUUUAUACCCAGAUUAAACAGCCUAAAUUACAGCAAAUUGUAUUCCAACUAUUCAUAACAUUGUUAUUUAACAAUG